CUAACAUGGAAAAAAUACAUGGAGAAGGAAUCGGGGGUGCAGUACACGGUGGUGGAAGAGCACGACAGCAAAAAGUUCUACCGCUGCGAGUCCACCAACAGAAGGAAGAUGGAACUGUGCCCCGGCCUGAUGGUCGCCCAAGAGUUCGGCAAUGGCGUACACGCUGUGCUGUAUGAGGCUCACGUGUGCGGUCAGAAAAAUUACACAAUGGAGGCGAAAUACAAGAAAUACUGUAUUUCCAAACUGCUCAAACCGGUGGAGGGAUACGUAUCGACUAAAGUGCUAACGGACGACAGUGACCAAUACUUACAGUUCAAAACGUUGCUAGAAAACAUUGUGGUUGACGCGGCGAAAAUUAACAUAGCCGGAUUGAAGAUGCUCAUGAGUAAAGCCCUGGAAAUGACUUCCAUUUUGACCAACUACGAUGAAGAGGUCGAGGAAAGUGUGGAUAAGCAGUACAAUUUAUCGGAUGCGCAGAUCGCGGACGCGCUACAGGACACCAAGCGGAGUAGUGAUGAUGAUGACGACGCUGGUGAAGCGAAGAGGCCCAAAUUCGAAACGAUGUCCCCGAUGAUCCUGAAUACAUUCUCGUUAGCGAAUGUUCGAGUCAAGAGUGACAGCGAGACGGCCGGCAACGACGCAAUCGACGAUAUUGAUGCGGAAAUAUUGAAAAGCAACAUGGAACGUAAUAAAUGCGUCGAUGGGGAUAACUUGAAAGAAUCCAGUGACGGUCAGAACGCAGCGGACAGCAGUAAAGUGACCUUCAACGAUACAUACAAGGAUUUCGUCACAAAGAACUUUGUUCACAGCGACAAGCCAUACAAGAGCCAGUGGCCGCGGCCGCGGGUAAAAAGACCGGUCGUCAAAACAAAGAUUGGACAAUUCAAUCCUGCCAGAUUGUCUUCGAACACCAGUCAGCACGGUGAUAAACAUAAUCCGUCUGCAAAGAGUGAUAAGGACAGUGUUAGUGAUGUAAUUAGAGAUUCCAAAGUGGAAUCCAAAAAUGUGAACUCGGUGCCUGGUGCGUGCCCAAAAAAAGUGGAUUUUGAAUAUGAAGUGAUUGAGCAAGAAGCCGGCUAUAAUAUUUUAGUGUUAAAAGUUUAAUGGAGCUUCCGAAUGGUGAUAUUGUGGAUAAGUUUUGUAUUGUCUCAGCUCUUUUAGCAAGUGUUCACAUUUUUAUGCAAUUGAUGCAUUUUUUAAUUCUAUAAAUGGCGUCACGCGGUAGUGUUUCACCGAAAUGUGACUAUUUCAUGGUCAAGAGCUUUAUGAAGUCACAUGAUAAUAUAUAAAAUACCUAUGUGCUAAUAUGUGAAAUUUAAAAGUUUGCGAACUCGAUAUGAAUUGAUUGUUUCAAUUUUUUCUUUUGAUUUUACAUUCUAUCUUGAGAAAUUGAAAACAUUCUAAAAUUUAUGAGCCUAAAUAUGAUGACUUGCAAUUUAAUUAAUUUGGAAUCUAUCCUGAUGAUAACAUCAUCAUACUUAUAUAGAUUCAGAUAGGUUCAGAUUAUUUAACAGUGUUAAAUAAAUAAAUGAAUAAAAAUAGUAAUUUAAUUUUUGUCUGCAAUAUUACUAUUAAUUUGUCAAGUUAAAUUAUUUGUAAAGAGUUGAUUGUAUGAGGUAAUGAUAAUGUUUUAUUUCAUUAGAUGGACAAUAAUAUGAAUAAAUGUGUACCUAAUAAAUAUAAAAUUGAUGAUUGGCACAAUUGGUAGGUAUUUCAUUGUAAAUAUAGUUUUUAAAUGUAAAAUUAUGUAAAUACUAAUUUAUGUAUCCAAAUUUGAAUAAGGAAGAAAGACCACGUUUUGGCGCCAAUUUUUUUUUUUACUGCAGUCAAAAUAAUGCUGAAAUCUUUUAACAGAGUAGAAUCGACUUGGUUGAUUACGUUUUAAAUAUUUAAUCUAAUCGUGUUCCAAAAUAUUUGUUAUGUUAGAUAAUAAGU